CUUAAUUAUCAUCUUAUUUUUAAACGCUACGUACAGACAUGUCUCCUCAACUCAACACCACUGAAUUUUCGGUUGUGAAGGAGGAAGUUGAGCUUGUGAAACCAUCUAAAGCCACACCUUUGGAUGUUCUGUCUUUGUCCACUCUUGACAAUGAGGCCAACCUCGAAUGCUUCUCCAAAGCCAUCUACGUAUACAAGGCCCAACAUGAUCACACUGCUAACAGUGUUGACCCGGCUGAGAUGAUCAAGCAAGCUCUCUCCAAAGCUCUCGUCUAUUACUACCCUCUAGCUGGGAGGCUCAAACGGUUAGACCACGACGGAAGGCUUCAGCUCACUUGUGACGCUACUGGUGUUCCCUUUUUGGUUGCCACGGCCAACUGUCGUCUUUCCUCGCUUAAUUACUUAGAUGACAUUGAUUUCGAGAUGGCCAAGAAUUUUGUUUUCCCUUCUCCCACAAGCGACUGCCCUUUUGUUCUACAAGUCACUCGAUUUGCUUGUGGAGGUUUCACCAUUGGGUUCGGAAUAUCUCACAUGGUCUCCGAUGGUUUCGGGGCUGCUCAGAUCUUCAAGGCCUUGGCUGAGCUCUCCAAAGGAAAAGAACUCUCGGUGAAGCCUGUAUGGGAAAGAGAAAGACUUGUGGGAACACCUAUCAAGGAGCCUCUCAAGCUCAACACAUGUCCUCCUGCUAAGUCACCUUACAUGCCCUCUUCUGACAUUGUAGAUGAGAUCUUUUACUUGAAGAGUGAUACCAUGAAGAGACUCAAAGAGGAGAUCAUUAAUGGUGGUUCUCCAAGUAAUGUUACUACGUUUGAAAUACUUGCAGCCUUUGUUUGGAAAGCAAGGUUGAGAGCCUUAGAGCUCAACCAUGAUGGAAAAACAUGUCUAUACUUCGCCACAGGGCUAAGGAAGUUGAUAGACCCUCCUCUACCUGAAGGGUAUUAUGGAAAUGCAUUUUUGACAUCUGCAGUGGAACUCACUGGUAGAGAACUCGAAGAAAAAUCUUUAUCUGAAAUAGUCAAUAUGAUAAAAGAGAAGAAGAAGGACGUUUUGGACAACAACUACAUCAAAAAAUCUAUUGAUAUUUGUGAGACAAAAUUAGCUCACGGUGAUAAUCCAAAGAUUAAAGCUACGGGAGCACUCAUGGCAUUGACUGAUUGGAGGAAUUUGGGGUUGGUUUCGGAUGAGUUUGGAUCAAGAUGGAACAUUGAGAAUGUAACGUCGUUGCCAUGGGACUGUUUUGGAUCAGUAGACUUGUGCACCUUCUUGCCUGCUCCAAAAUCUGAUCCUUCAUUGAAAGGUGGAGUUGGGAUAUUGGUCUCUCUUCCAAGGCUUGCCAUGCCCAAGUUCAAGCAAGAAAUUUAUUCUCUUCACUAAAUACUUUACAACUGCUACAUGAUUUAUUGAUUUUAUGUUUGGUUUUUCUUUUUGUAGAUUUAAUGUUAUUAUUGUAUACGAUCGAUUUAGAAUUCAUCUUUAAUCUUAUGGAUGAUUGAUUAUUUCUUGCACAAUCUUAAAGAUGAUUACUGAAAUAAUGCACAUAUGAUGAAUAAUUAAUUGAUUAUGAAUUAUAACUUCGAUUUAUGUUGCUAUCCUUAUUCUCUACUUAUUAUUGUUUUACUUAAAUUACAAAAUAUAAGCUAUUUCUUCUCA